AUGAAGGCCUACGAGCGCGAGACCAACAUGCGACUCGACCCCACCAAGCCCUGGAUCGUGCGCCUGGAUGGCCACAAGUUUUCCAAGUUCACCAAGUCCUUCACGAGACCCUACGACGUCAGGAUUCACGAGGCCAUGCUGGAGACCGCCAAGGAGCUCCUGAAGCACUUCAACCCCGUGGCUGUCUUCACCUGUUCCGACGAGAUCACCCUGGUCUUCCCCGCCACCGUCCCCCAGCCCGGCGAGGAGAUCGAGCCUGUCGAGCCCAAGAAGGGCGAUCCCCAGAACGACAUGCCCUUCGGCGGCAAGAUCCAGAAGAUCAGCUCUCUGCUCGCUGGCUUCGCGACUGCGCAGUUCACCGCUGCCCUCAAGGCCGGGACCUACGACGCCGAGAAGGAGCCCAAGGCACGUCUGACCGAACACGUCAAGACCUCGCUGCCUUACUUCGAUGCUCGCGCGCAUAACGUGCCCACCAACGCUGAAGCCUUCAACAACGUUUACUGGAGGGCGCGAUACGAUUACCGCCGCAACAGCAUCGCCGGCCUGGCGCAGCACCACUUCGCACACAAGGAGCUGCAGGGUCUCAGCACCACGCAGCAGUUGGCCAAGCUGCUCGGCGAGAAGAGCAUCGACUGGAACGACUGCCCUGCGUGGUACAAGUUCGGCACCCUGGUCAAGCGCGAGUCCUACCUGCUCCGCACCACCACGCCCAAGGGCGACGAGGUCGAAGCCACCCGCACACGGGUGGUGUCGCUUCCCUUCACUCUGGACACCUUCUCGGGCGAGAACGUGCGCACGCUGCUGUGCAAGACCCUCAAGGGCGACGACGUGAAGGCCAAGGAGGCCGCGACCUCCUCCUCCUCCUCUUCCAGCUGA